UGCUGAGGGGCGGGUUAUCAGGACUGUGGUGCUAACGUUUACUGAGGGACAGAGCUCGAGUGUUGUUUUGAAUUUACGAUAAGACACCGAUCGGAAGGGGGGCUAGGGCCUAUGGAUAAGAUGGCGGAUGUAGAAGACGAUGAAACUCAGUCUGCUCCCCCUUCGGCAUCCCGUAACGGUCCGGUUGUCGGUUCGUCUGCGGACACCGCGGGCCAGAACAUAGCCAGCAUUACGGUUACGUCAGGUCCACGGAUGGUGAGGAUAGUCAAGUCGGAGUCCGGCUACGGGUUCAACGUUCGCGGUCAAGUUAGCGAAGGAGGACAGCUCCGGAGCAUCAACGGAGAGCUGUACGCUCCUCUUCAGCAUGUCAGCGCUGUUUUACCCGGAGGAGCGGCAGACCGAGCUGGGAUAGCAAAGGGUGACAGGAUCCUGGAAGUUAAUGGGGUGAGCGUGGAAGGUGCCACCCACAAGCAGGUGGUGGACCUCAUCCGUGCAGGGGAGAAGGAGCUGGUUCUGGCUGUGCUGUCGGUUCCUGCUCAGGAGGCAGAUGGCUUGGAAGGAGGAGAUGAAGUUCAACUUAACUAUGACUACAGCGACAAGCAGGCAGUGCCCAUUUCUAUUCCCACGUACAAACAUGUAGAGCAGCACUCUGAGAGGUUUGUGGUGUACAACGUGUACAUGUCAGGUAGACAGCUAUGCUCAAAGCGCUACCGGGAGUUUGCCAUCCUGCACCAGAACCUCAAGAGGGAGUAUUCUAACUUCAACUUCCCAAAGCUUCCUGGUAAAUGGCCCUUCUCCCUGUCCGAACAGCAGCUGGAUGCUCGCCGUAGAGGCCUGGAGGAAUAUCUCGAGCGAGUUUGCUCUGUGCGGGUGGUCGGGGAGAGUGACAUCAUGCAGGAGUUUCUCUCUGAAUCAGAUGAGAACUACAAUGGAGUGACAGACGUAGAGCUGCGGAUAGCCCUGCCAGACAAGACCACCAUCUCUGUCAGAGUACGCAAGAACAGCACCACAGAUCAGGUGUACCAGGCGUUAGUGAUGAAGGUUGGAAUGGACAGUAUUAUGGCGAGCUACUUUGCCCUUUUUGAAGUCAUCAACCACUCCUUUGUGCGGAAGCUGGUUCCUAAUGAGUUUCCCCACAAGCUUUAUGUGCAGAACUACACAUCAGCAGUGCCGGGGACGUGCUUGGCGCUCCGCAAAUGGUUGUUCAGCUUCCAGGAGGAGGAGUUGCUAAGAGACAACCCGCUGGCGCUGCACUACUGCUUCCACCAGGCAUUGGAAGAUGUGAAGAAGGGAUUCAUAAAAACAGAGGACAAAUCCUACCAGCUGCAGAAACUGGCAGAGCAGCGCAAGAUGGCCACGUACCUGAGUCUGCUGCGGACAUGUGAGGGCUACAACGAGGUGGCCUUCCCCCACUGCUCCUGUGACUCCCGGAGGAAAGGCCAUGUCAUCACAGCUAUCAGCAUCCAUCACUUCAAGCUGCACGCUUGUACCGAGGACGGCACGCUGGAGAACCAGGUGAUCGCUUUUGAGUGGGCGGAGAUGCAGCGUUGGGACACUGACGAGGAGGGGAUGGCUUUCUGCUUUGAAUACGCCAGAGGAGAGAAGAAGCCUCGCUGGGUCAAGAUCUUCACUCCAUAUUUUAACUACAUGCACGAGUGCUUUGAGCGGAUCUUCUGUGAGCUGAAGUGGAGGAAACAGGUUGAGGAAGAGGCAUCUGACAAAGACAACAAAAACUGCAGUAACAAUGAGUAUCUGCCUCCUCUGGAGACGCAGCAGAAGGGAUGGCGCCACCUAGGGGGAGAGAUCGCAACUUCCUAAAAAGAAAAUCAUCUGUCAUCACACGGAACUAGAACUGGUCCACUUGCAUCAUCACAGCCACCCCAGAGAGCGCCCAUCGACAAACACAGAACCGAGUGGAAGACUCGAGGCGAUCCCCGCCCCGCCCCCCACCCCCCGCCCCAAAAAACAAACCGGAAGUGCACCGGAAAUGGAAUCGCCAGACUUUACCGACCCCGAGGGAUGCACACACCGCAAGAAGAGCGAUGCAGGAUAAAUCCACAAAAGCCAACUUUCAUGUCAUUCACUAGAUCUCCAUAGCGUGUCUGUUGUUUUCCUCCAUGCAUCUGCCCUGUGAUGUGUGGCAGGACACCGGUCGAGAUGUAACACACGCACACGUGUGCAGUGCGUGGACCGGUCCGGGGUCACCACAGCGCUGCAAAGGGAGCUCUGCGAUGAACCGCCGCUUGGCGCGAGAGCCAACACGUGAGAUAGAAUUGUCCGACGCGACGGGCUCAGCUGCAAAGCUUUCAGCCUGGCCCUCGUCUGCUGAACUGAGCUGAUGAGAAUACGAAUGGAGACAAACAGAAAAAUGGGGGUUUUCAGUUCUUUAAAUGUUAGGAAGAAAGAAAGCAAAAUCCUGCUUUACACUGAUGAUGGACAACAACGCAAACAAGUUUUCUAUCUGUAAGGUCAGACGUAUGUAUUCUGUCUUUGUCAAAACAAACAUAGUCGACACAAAUGUAACUGAAAAGGAUGUCGGGGGAUGUUUCAUAAUUGUGUGUAUCUUACUUCUGAUAAAAUAUAGAUUAAUAUAAGAGCUAUACAAAAACAUUGUUUCCUGAUCUAACACAACGAAACACUAACUGGAUCGCAUUCAGCGCUGCUCUAACAAAUUUAAGUUGUUCCCCUUUUGUUCCGGUCUAACCCACGCGACCGACAGAACCACGUCUGUUGUCUGCCGCUGGUGUCGGUUUGUGUGUUCGUCCCCCUCGCAAGUGUUUCAAUGUGGUGAUUUUUGCAGAGCUCGUAAGUCGAGA